GUUCGUCGGAGCCCCGCACGAUAUUCAAAGCUUUGCUCUGGCUGGAUUUUGGGCAGCUUUUGGGACGCUAGACGUCACUAGCUCGACUCCAUCGGCAGCCAUGCUUGCCUCGCUCCGAAAUCUAUUGUGGCCGAAGCAGCGGCGGCGUACUGUCGAGCUCAGCAUAGCCCAAAAGUUGGGCAGCCUUUCACUGCUUCCGGAGGACGUGUUUACGACAAGAGUAGCGUGCUACUUCCACUCCAGGGCUGAAUAUCUCAGCCUGCGCGUCGCGUCCAAGGCCAUGCUGGGCUUGACGCAGCGCGCCAUUGCGAGCGGAAGCUCUUGUUGCCGCGGCGUUCCCACGGUUUGUGAAUUUGGACCUCCGCCCUCCACUUACCACGAAACGCUGGACCCGGCUCGCCAUAUCGCGGCCAUGGCUCGCGUAUUCGGCGCCGGUUGUAGAAUUUUGCACGGACGCGUACGACGGGCGGGGGACUCGGAGAUCCGUACGAAAGAGAAGUUAGCCGCACUCGAGUACUUCGUGGCCUCCACGAACGGCGGCCUGACGACGCUCGAUUUGAAUCACUCCGAGGUGUCGGAAGAGAUGUUCUUGCGGAUGUGCCGCGCGUCGCCAAAAUUGACUAGUCUGCAAGGCCGAUCCUAUCUCCUCCCAGAGAUGAGAGAGAGCACAAUCUUGGCCAUCAUUGAAGCCUGUCCUGACCUCGAGGUUGUAGAGAUCGCCAAUAUCAGCCAUAGCCCGGCGGAGACGUGGGCUCGACACAUCCCGCGGUUGAAAACCAUUAAGUGCGGCACCGGGAAAUACUUGUACCGGCCGAGAUUUAUCGAUAACAUACGAGCGACGGCGCUUGCGACCCGCGCGAGUCAGCUGGACGUCGGUGGCUGUUAUAUCACCCGCGAAGUGAUCGACGCAGUCGUGGGGACACCCCUCGGCGAUCGCAUCGAGACCCUGGGCGAGGCCGGCGAGGCCCGCGACUGGUAUGAGACGAAAAUUUUCCCGGAGGCGCUACUCGCCGCGGCGCGAGGCUUUCCUCGACUCACGGAGUUACAUAUACCACAAGGCUCAACGAUGGACGGUCCUCAGUUCUAUGAGCAACUCAAGCGGGCGGCGCCUCAGCUCAGGAGCCUUCACAUAUGGGACUGCAGUACGACGGCGGCCUGCGUCGCCGCGGCGUGUGACAUGCGACUGGAGCGGCUACACCUCGAUAGGCUCUACGACCACGGUGACAGGCAUAUUCUCGACGGGAUAAUUAAUAGUGAAGCUUCACAAACACUCGAGGCGCUGGACCUCCGCUUCAUCUCCGAAGAGGUAGGUUUUGAGCUUGUUGUUCGCGCUGCCGACGUCCUCCGAGUGGUACGGGCCUGCCCGAGACUCAAGCGACUGUCGUGGUGGGUCGUUGAUGAUGGUGAAUAUGAUGAAGCCGAUAGACGCGUGCUUGAUCCUGAUCACGAAACGUACCAAGCCAUCAGAGAGCUCCUCGUCAGUCGCGGCGGGAUCGACGACUGGCCGGACAGUGCCUUCGACUAUAAGCGCUGGUGCCACUAAGAAAGAUUAGUAGAAAUA